AUGUUAAGAUCAGCGAAAGCUGAGAUGGGGAACGUGAAGGAAGAGAACGAGAGGCUGAAGCAGCGGAUAUCCAAGAUCGCCAACGACUACCACUCUCUCCACACCCAUUUCCUCCAAAUUGUUGACCACCGACGCGGUGGUGGUGUUGCUAAUAAGAAGCCCAUCUCCAAGCCCGAUCCGGCGGCGGAGGAGGAAGAAUCCGACGAGCUAGUCUUCUCCCUCAGCCUCGGCAGAAGCGCCGACAAAAAGGAAGGGAUUUUGGGGAAAAGGGAUUCUUCUAAGGACGGAGUAGGAGUAGUAGUAGAAGAAGGGCUAUCACUUGGGUCAAUGGAAUAUUAUUCUGCCAACCCGCCGGAAAUUAAUGAUGAUACCAAGAUAAGGUCUUCGUCGACGGAGGACGGUAAGGACGAGGAGGAGGAGGUGGUGGCGGCGGAGGCGUGGCCGCCGAGCAAAGUUCUCAAGACGAUGAGGACCGGCAGUUCGGAUGACAAACAGGAGGAGGAGGAGUUGCAGUUGCAGCCGCAGCUCAAGAAAGCUAGGGUUUCUAUCCGAGCCAGGGUCGACACUCCCACGAUGAGCGAUGGGUGUCAAUGGAGGAAAUAUGGACAGAAGAUAGCCAAAGGGAAUCCAUGCCCGAGAGCUUACUAUCGCUGCACCGUCUCCCCAACUUGCCCUGUUAGAAAACAGGUUCAAAGAUGUGUGGACGACAUGACAAUCUUGAUCACCACAUACGAAGGAACCCACAACCACCCUCUUCCACUCUCGGCAACAGCCAUGGCGUCCACCACGUCGGCAGCUGCAUCAAUGCUUCAAUCCUGUUCCUCUUCCUCCAACCCUAACUCCUCCAUUUCCAAUCCUUCCACCGCCACAAGGCCACUCCACCAGUUCUACUUCCCAAACUCUUCCAUCUCAACUUGCAACUCUCACCCAACCAUCACCCUCGACCUUACCACAACCUCAGCCCUCAGCACCACCAACACCAACAACAACAACCACCUCUUUGCCUUCAACAACAAUCGAUCAUCGCCAUCGAAUUUGGCUCCUAGAUACUCCUCCUCUUCCACGCUCGACUUCUCCAACUCCUCCUCCGUUGUCUUGCCUUGCAACACAAGCAACAUGAUGUUAGGUUACUACUCGUCGACCUUCGGUAACUUGUUGGGGAAGCAACCGCCGCAGCCAACACCACCGCCACAACAUUCGCAUCAAGAGCAUUACCAACCAAACGGCACGCGAGUUGGAGCUGAUGAUGAUGAUCACAUGACAAUCGCCGCCGCGACCAAGGUGAUUGCUUCCAACCCAAGUUUCAGGUCCGCGUUGGCCGCUGCGAUCACGUCGUUCGUCGGGAAUGGUACAGGAGCUCGCGAUGAGGUUCAUAAUCAGGAAGGGGAACAACAUCAGCCAUUUACAGUAUUUCAAGGUAGUAACAAUGCAGGGAAUGAUAACGUCAUGAUGAGCUUGUUCCCGCCAACAGCAGCCAAUGCUGCAGUGGUGCCUAGAGUGCUUUUGUCGUCGAACAAUCGGGCAUCUAUAGGCCGUCCGUUUUCAGCUGCUAAUAGCGAGGAUCGGGUUGAAUAG